CGAACGGACGUAGGGCGCGAGGUCACGUGACGCCACUGCCGGCGGGGCGGGACGGGGACAGGGCCCCGGGCUACUCGGCUUCCCCUCGGGUCACGCGGGGCCGGAAGCGGCGGCCGCUGCCGAGAAUCCGAGAUGGGGACCUCCCUGGACAUCAAGAUUAAAAGAGCGAAUAAGGUGUAUCACGCCGGGGAAAUGCUCUCCGGGGUGGUGGUCGUAACCAGUAAGGACGCAGUCCAGCACCAGGGCGUGACUUUGACCAUGGAGGGAGCCGUGAACCUCCAACUGAGCGCCAAGAGCGUGGGCGUCUUUGAAGCUUUCUACAACUCUGUGAAGCCCAUCCAGAUUCUCAACAGCACCAUCGAGAUGGUGAAGCCAGGGAAGUUUCCCAGCGGCAAGACAGAGAUUCCUUUUGAGUUCCCGCUGCACGUGAAGGGCGGCAAGGUGCUGUACGAGACGUACCACGGCGUGUUUGUCAACAUCCAGUACACGCUGCGCUGCGACAUGAGGCGGUCCCUGCUGGCCAAGGACCUGACAAAGACCUGUGAAUUCAUCGUCCACUCGGCCCCGCAGCAGGGGAAAGUGACUCCGAGUCCCGUGGACUUCACCAUCACCCCGGAGACCUUGCAGAACGUCAAAGAGAGGGCCUUGCUCCCCAAAUUCCUCAUCCGAGGACACCUCAACUCCACCAACUGCGCCAUCACCCAGCCGCUGACGGGGGAGCUGGUGGUGGAGCGCUCGGACGCCGCCGUCCGCAGCGUGGAGCUGCAGCUGGUCCGCGUGGAGACCUGCGGGUGCGCAGAAGGCUAUGCCCGCGACGCCACGGAGAUCCAGAAUAUUCAGAUCGCCGACGGGGAUGUGUGCCGGGGCCUCUCUGUGCCCAUCCACAUGGUCUUCCCCAGGCUCUUCACCUGCCCCACGCUGGAGACCACCAACUUCAAAGUGGAGUUCGAGGUCAACGUCGUCGUGCUGCUGCAGGCCGACCACCUGAUCACGGAGAACUUCCCGCUGAAGCUCUGCAGGGCCUAGGCCAGGCCGCGGGGGGGCAGGGGCGCGCCCAGGGCAGCCCCGCGGCCUCCCCACCCGCGUGCGUCCACACUGCCUCUCCGGAAGCGGGCCUGCUGUCUCGUGACGGUGCCUCCCGGCCUAGCCAGACCUUGCCUUUGGAACCGAACGGGACGUAUGCACGCUCUUGGCAAGACCCUGUCAGGGCGCGUUUCUUGUGGCUUCUGACCUCCUGUGCCUUGCUGGGCCUCCUCAAACUGUUGUCCCCGCAGCGUGGGCGUGGCUGUGAGGGGGGCUCGUGGGGACAGGACACCCUUUCCGACUUGCGCAUGGAUGGCCAGGGACAUUCCUCGCUUGGGAAGUCCGAGCAGCACCGCGAGCCGCCGAGGAGGCGCGCCAGGUGGCGUCCCCUUGGCUCCCACUCUGUCCCACGGUUCUUUUUAUAACAUUUUCCACGGCAUCUUCGGUCUCCGGGGACCCGCGACUGAGCCGGGCUUUCUGACCUGAAGCCUCCCUCGUGGCGGGUGCGGGUGCCAGUCCCUUUGUUCCUUCGAACCCUGCUGUGACCGCUGGCCCGCAGUGAAGGGCCUCACCGCUAACCAGGCUGCUGUGCACACGGGCCGGCCUGGCGGCCCCGGAACACGCGUGGUGCGGGGAGCGCGGAGGCCGGACAGACCCCGCCCGCACCGCCGCCUCACCAGCGACUGAUCCGACUGCUGGUGGUCAGAGCGCAAGCGCCUGGCUUACGACGUCCUGUUACGCCCACGGCUUUAGUAAGGACCCGUGACGACGGUGCGUGUAAGCGGCAGGAAGGUACACCUUCUGGGGGAUUUCAAGAAGAAAUCACUUAUACUGGAAUUAAACAUGCACCAAACGGA